UCUAUAGUAUUAUUACACAUUAGUUAAGCUAAUGACCCAAAUCAAUUAAUUAUUUCAUUAAUUUAUAAUCAUGACCCACCCAUGACUCAUCCAUAGUGGUCUUCCCCUACUCAAGAAACUAAACUCACCAAACAAACAACCUUUAUCUCCAUAAUUACCAAAAUACCCCACUUCUCACCACCAUUACUAGGUUCACCUUGAAGGUCAAUGUUGUAAAUGUGGAGGGAAAGUUCAUUUCAUGUGUUCAUGCCUUCGUCUGCAAAACAUAGGAUAAGAAAAGUGAUAGUCACAGAGGAUUUCUGUGUCAGCUAAUAUCAGAGUUGAGAAGACUUCUCUUUCUGAUAAUAUUGUAUGUUCAAUUCCACUCACCUUCCACAGCUCCGAUGAACUUUGCCGGAAUCAUCAGGACCCAACUCGCCGGAAAAUGAGCCUACCAUCUAAUCACUGAGAAGAGAGAUGGGAGAAGAGAGGGGAAACAGGGAAGGGCAGAAACAAGAAAUUCAGGAAGGAUGUACCCAAAUUGUAUGUUCUUUGAUAUCACUUUCUCAUUCAAUCAAAGUUUUCCCUGUGAAAUGGCAGUUGAUCAGAAAGAAGCUAGACGAGCUGAAUUCUAGCUUAACUGCAGCCGAGAAGUGCUAUUUGAGUGAGAAUUCCAAGUUCUUGGAAUUAAUUCCAGCAAUUGAAGUGACCCUUAAAGACUGCUAUGAUCUUGCUCACCAAUGUGUCGACCUGUCCUACUGUGGGAAGCUGCUUAUGCAGAGUAAUCUCGAUCUGGUUUCUACGAAAUUCGAACUUCAUAUAAAGAAUCUAACUGGAAUUUACAGUUCUGGAUUUCUCACUAAUGCGAUUGUAGUGUCCAGGCUAGGUGCCGGAGCUUGUAGAGAUGAUGUGAAAUUUUACGCCAGCGAUCUGUUGACACGGCUCAAGAUCGGAGAUUUUGAGAUGAAAAGCCAGGCUUUGGUGGCUCUGAAUGAGAUCCUCAGUGAGGAUGAGAAAUAUGUGAGAAUUGUGAUUGAGAUGGAGGAAAUAAUUAGUCUUUUGGUUAAUUUUCUGGAAUUUGCUGAGAUUGGGACUGUAGAAGAGUCAGCAAAGGCAAUUUCGGUGAUUGCAGGAUUUGAUUCUUAUAAAAGUCUUCUUAUUGAGGUUGGGAUCAUUUCAUCCCUGAUUCGGGUUCUGGAGAGUGGAACUGAUUUGGGAAAAGAGAGAGCUGCAAGGGCUCUGCAGAAGCUGACAGGGAAUUCAGAAAAUGCUUGGUCAGUCUCUGCUCAUGGUGGAAUUACAGCUCUGUUGACGAUUUGCACUUCUGGUGACGAUAAAGGAGGAGACUUGAUAGUUCCAGUUUGCGGAGUUCUGAGGAAUCUGGCUGGAGUGGAUGAGAUCAAACGAUUCAUGGUUGAAGAAGAUGCUGUGUCUUCCUUCAUCAAGCUAGCGAGAUCGAAAGACGAAGCCUCACAGAUAACUGCAAUUGAAUUCCUCCAAAUAGUAGCCUCUAGAGAUGAAUCCAUUAAGCAGAUGAUCAUCAGAGGUGGAGGAAUACAGGCACUUGUUCUUGUCUUGGAUCCUAAUUCUUUCUUCUCCUCCAAGACUCGAGAAACCGCACUUAGAGCCAUUGAAAGUCUCUGUUUCUCUUCCUCGAGUUCUCUGAACAUUCUAAUGAAUUUGGGAUUCCUUGAUCAACUCCUGUAUUUCCUUCGCAAUGGAGAGCUUUCACUUCAGGAGUUAGCAGUGAAGCUGGCACUUUGUCUCUGUGGGACAACAGAUGAGAUUAAGAAGGCAAUGGGUGAUGUGGGUUUUAUGCCAGAGCUCGUGAGAUUGCUGGACACAAAAUCUUUUGAUAUUCGAGAAAUGGCUGCUGAAGUGCUCUGCAACAUGGUUUGGGUACCAAGAAACCGAAAGAGAUUAUUGCUGGAAGACACCAAUAUUGGGAGAAUUCUGGAAUUGCUUGACCCAGAGGAAGUGAAAUCAGGUAACAAGUUCUUACUCUCUAUAUUAAUGUCAUUGACCAGUUGUAACAGUGCAAGAAGAAAGAUUAUGAAUUCUGGUUAUUUGAAGAACUUGGAAAAACUUGCAGAAGCUGAAUAUGUAGAUGCCAAGAGAAUUUUAAGGAAGCUCUGCACAAACAGAUUCCGCAGUAUAUUGAAUGGAAUCUGGAGCUCUUGAAUGUAGUUCUUUUACCGUAUAGCAAUUUGAAUUGCAUAUAUGUUUGCUAUAUAGUUUUUCUUCUUACAGAUUCACAGAUUCAUGUCUUCCACUUAUACCACUUUUCUUUGUCAAACAACUUUUAUUGCAAUUUCUAGUUGUUAAAAGUUGAUGUCAGAUCCAGAGUUUGGGGGAAUGUUGUUGGUAUAAUUUCACAACGGAAGUAGAGAUAUUGUACUAUGGAAUUUAGUCUCACAUCAGCUUUGCGGUGGC